AGAGCCACUGACUUGAUCUGGAAAGGCCCUCGCUGUUCCACUGGUCCCAGGAGGCCACUGGUGGCUCCACUUCUGUGUGUUUGGCUCUGAACGGUGAUCCCUGCCUUUGCCCAGCUGAGCAGCAGGUGCUGGCCAGGGCCCUGGGGCCACGGGACCAUGAGGGCAGCUCUCCGGGCUGUGGGACUCAGCGCACUUCUCCUCAGUGUCAUGGCAGUGCCCACUGGUGGACCCAGUGACCUGCGGCUGGCGUACAGACACAGCCCAUGCGAUGGGGUCGUGUUGGUCCAACAUAAGGGGGAGUGGGGACAUGUGUGCAACCAGGAGUGGACACUGAAGGAAGCAUCCGUGGUCUGCAGGCAACUGGGCUGUGGCCAUGCUGUGGGCGCCCCCAAGUACGUCCCGCUGCCUGGAGAGGUGGUGCAGCCCUGGCUCCACAACGUGUCCUGCAGGGGCGACGAGUCCUCCCUCUGGGGGUGCAGCCUUGGGGCAUGGAUGCAGAGCCAGUGCCCUUACGAGUGGGUGGUGGUCGCUCUGUGCUCCAACGGUACUUUCCAGGCGGUCCGGCUGGUGCAGGGCCGAAGCCCCUGUGCGGGACUCCCUGAGAUCAGGAACAUGAACUCGGUGGAUCGCCUCUGUGGUCUGCACAAGGAGGAGGCCACGGUGUUCUGCCAGGAGCUAGAGUGCGGCCCCGCGCUCCAGGCCCCCCGCCAGGGUGGGGGCAGCGCCAGGAAGUACAUGACCUGCAAGGGCACCGAGCCAACCAUCCGGAACUGCAGACUGAACAACAACCUUCGCAGCGGCUGUGACUUCCAGCAAGACGCCCAGGUGGUCUGCUCAGGACACACAGAAGUGCGGCUGGUGGGUGGCGAGCACCCCUGCUCUGGGCGCCUGGAGGUGAGGCGUGGCCUGACCUGGGGCACUGUCUGUGACGCUGACCUGGACCUAGCCACUGCCCACGUGGUGUGCCGGGAGCUGCAGUGUGGUGUGGCCGUGUCCACACCUGGGGACGCCCACUUCGGCCGGGGCUCGGGGCCCGUGUGGACGGAGGCCUUCCACUGUGAGGGCCACGAGUCCCUGCUGUUCCACUGCCCUCGGGGGCCCGGGAACCAGUGCGGGCAUGGCCAGGAUGCGGGGCUCAGGUGCUCAGAGUUCCGGCUGGUGAACGGCAGCAGCGGCUGCGAGGGCCGAGUGGAGCUCCAGGUUCAGGGGGCCUGGGCGCCCCUCUGUGCCGCCCACUGGGACUUAGAAGAUGCCACAGUCCUCUGCCACCAGCUCAACUGUGGCAACACAGUGGCCAUACCCCCGGGAGGCCAUUUUGGGGAUGGGGGCUCAGCCAUCUGGCCUGACGCAUUUCACUGUGUGGGGACAGAGCCCUACUUGUGGGACUGCCCUGUGAGCACCCUGGGGGCCCCCGCCUGCGCCCCUGGCAAUGCGGCCGCCACCGUCUGCUCAGGUCUCCCCCACGCCCUGCGGCUGAGGAACGGACAGAGCCGCUGUGAUGGCCGUGUGGAGGUGUCCCUGGACGGGGUGUGGGGCCGUGUCCUGGAUGAUGCAUGGGAUCUGCGCAGCGCCAGCGUGGUGUGCGGGCAGCUAGGGUGCGGAGGGGCCGAGCAAACCUAUGAGGCACCGGCGCCUGGGCGCGGGGCUGUCCCACUGGGGCUGAGCAGCACGCGCUGUCUGGGCACCGAGACCCGCCUGGCCCAGUGCAACGUGUCCGUGUCCCCGCUGGUGGCCGCGGGGACGUCGCGGGACGCGGGUGUCGUGUGCUCCGGGAGCCAUCGGGUGCGGCUGGCCUCGGGGCCAGGCCGCUGUGCGGGGCGCGUGGAGGUGCUGCACAGGGGCGCAUGGGGCACUGUGUGUGACGACGGCUGGGACCUGCGGGACGCCCAAGUGGUCUGCCGGCAGUUGGGCUGCGGCCACGCGCUCAGCGCCCCGGGGGCGGCGCACUUCGGGGCCGGGGCCGGGCGCAUCUGGAUGGACGAGCUGGGCUGCGAGGGCCAGGAGUCUGCGCUGUGGCAGUGCCCGUCGCGGGGCUGGGGCCUGCACGACUGCGGGCACAAGGAGGAUGCCAGUGUCGUCUGCUCAGAGUUAGUGGCCCUGAGGCUGAAAGGUGGCACUGGCCGCUGUGCUGGGUGGCUAGACGUGUUCUACAAUGGGACAUGGGGCUCCGUGUGUAGCAAUGCCCUGAAGGACACCUCGUUGUCCAUCAUCUGCAAGCAGCUGGCCUGUGGGGAGCAGGGCUGGCUGGAGAACAGACCCGUCCACACUGGCUCGGGCAUCUCCUGGGUGGACCACAUCCAGUGCCGCAGGCUGCGAAACUCCACCCUAUGGCAGUGCCCCUCCGCUCCAUGGCACCCGCGCUCCUGUGUCCCUGGAGAGGAAGUCUGGAUCACCUGUGCAGGAUUGUCAGAGAAAAUGACACAGGAUCCCCGGGAGACCCUUAACUGCUCAUCCACCCACAGCUGCCCAGAGGAGGGCGCGCUGCGCCUGCUCGGGGGCGAGGACCGCUGCUCCGGCCGCGUGGAGCUCUGGCACGCCGGCUCCUGGGGCACCGUGUGCGACGACUCCUGGGACCUGGCGGAUGCCGAGGUCGUGUGCCGCCAGCUGGGCUGUGGCCGGGCCGUGGACGCCCUGGUGGGGGCUGCCUUCGGGCCGGGCUCGGGGCCCGUGUGGCUGGACGAGGUGGGGUGCCGGGGCAGCGAGGCGUCCCUGCGGGGCUGCCCGGCCGAGCCGUGGGGCCACGGAGACUGCGGGCACAAGGAGGACGCGGGCGUGCGCUGCUCAGGUGACAGGGAGACCACGGUCCUGCCCCCUGCAUCAGGCCCUCCUCUGAAACCUCUACCUGCCUUCAAGGCCCAGACGCUGCCCAUGACCUUCUGCCUGGUCCUCAGCUCCCUCCUGCUUGUCAUCUCACUCGUCCUGGGGAUACAGUGGUUCCGGGGCAGAGGAGCCUGUAGGGGUUCUGGAAUGUUGGGAACUCUGCCCUCGGAAGGUGUUUAUGAGGACAUUGGAGCUGUUCCCGGCGGGGAGAAAGACGAGGGGCCUGGCGUGUCCUGGGUGCUAGCGCAGGAGGAGGAGUAUGAUGACGCAGGGGAGCCCGAGCCCGGCUCCGAGGAGGAGGAAGCAGAGGACAGGCCCCCCCUGAGCUCCGUGGGUGGUGCUCCGCACAGUCUGGGCCUCCUCCAAGCUCAGGCUGGGAAUGAAGACCACAGCAGCCUCUGGCCCAGGGCGUGCUGACUGUCAGCUGGCCGUGGGGGACACCAGCGAGACCAGAGGGUGGGAGAGAGCCCAGUGUGCCUGGGGGCUUUUGUUUUCCUUGUUUCUUAAAGAGAUUUAUUAAAUCAU